AUGGCUAGUGAGGAAGAAGUAAACAUUGAGGAUGAAAUUAUUGAGGAAUCAUAAGUAGAAGACAAUCCAAAAAAGAAGAAGGACAAGAAAGAUAAGAAAAUAACUAUGAAGCUAGACUAGAAAAAGCCAAUUGAUGGUAAAUAACAAUUUGGUGACAAAUCUAUAUGUCGAUUAUGCAAAGUGACUACUCAAUCCACUCCAACUAUAAUCUGUAUAAGGUGUCACUUUAAAUACCACAAGGAAUGCAUACGAACUUAAAACAAAGAGCCAUAAUUCCAGGAAGGUACUAAAUGGUACUGUCUCUCAUGUAUAGAGAGAAUGGCCAAGAGAAAAUUGAAAGAGUCGGAACCAUAGAAAAAGAAGAAAACUAGUCAAAUCCCUGAAUUCUUUUAGAAAACCUUAUAACCACAAGAAGAUAAAUUGAAAAAACACACAGAAUUUCAAUAAAAAUAUCCAACCUAUGUCUAAUAAGGAAGAGUAAUUUUUCCAAUAUUUGAUGAAUAUCUGACAGCAUAUCAAUAAUUGUUUACCAUAGAAAUUAAAAAGAAGCCUAUUCUCCAACUUGAUCCAACAAUUCCCCAGAACCUCUUUGAAGAUAUUCUUAAGAUAUGGGAUAGUUAUAAUUAUAUGGAUAAAAUUGUUAGUGACAUUCUCUAUGCAGGAGAACAGUAAACUGAAUGUAUUACUAUACAUAAUAUAAAAAGAGUAAAGUUAAGUUAAUAACAUUGGUACAUUGAUUCAUUUCAAAGACAAUCACACACCUUAUAGUUAAAAAACUCGCUUAGAGAUAUAUAAUAUAAUAUAAACAAAACCUGAAGAAUUGAUCCUCUUCUUUUGUUACUUCUAUCUUAAAUAAAUAAUUGAGGAUUUAGAUUAAGAAUAAAUGUAAAAAUAAUCAUAUGUAAUUCAUAUCACUAUAUAUUUAGAAAAUCCCAUAUUGGCACCUACUUGGAUAUAUGUGGUUUACAAAUCGAAUCCGAUAUUAUGAAUUAUUAAGGGAUGACAUUAAAUAAUUGCCAACCAAUAUCUAUAAACAAGGAAUUCUACCUUUGACAUAAGAUAUGAUAGACUUUUCUGAUUACACAGACAUCAAGAAAGUGUGUAAAUUACUUAUAGCUUUAUCAGAUGGAUUGACUGGUCUAAAGAAAACUCAGUUUUUAUAUCAAUUCAGAACUGAAAAUCUCCUAUCUAAUAAUAGAAUCAAAUAAUAAUUAGGCACAUAGAUUAAAUAAUAAAGAAGUUAAUAAAUUGACAUUAAAAAAGAGAUAAUUGAAGCUGAAGGUAACAUAUCAAUUGCCAAAGUAUAAUUUCUUAUAAUAUAUUAGUCUUAAUUAAAAUAAGAUGGUUUAACAAGAGUUGAAUCACAGAAAUUUACAAAAUAAAUGGAAUAAGCUUAAAAAUAGGCUUAAAAAUUAAAAUAAUAAUAUUCAAAAUUAGAAAAAGAAAUAGCCUCUUUAACAGAAAGAUAUAAUUAAUAAGAUAAGGUAAUUAUGUAUUAAUAUACUUAUUAGGAAUUGGCUAUUACUUAAAUGCCAGCUUUAUUAUUAAAUCCAUCUAUGUGUUUAGGUCAGGAUGCUAAACAUAGUUCAUAUUAUUUCUUUUUAUAUGAACCUGAUAAAAUAUUUGUAUGUAUGAGACAUUCUAUUAUUGAUGAUGAUGGAUCAUAAUAAUGGGGAUUUUAUGAUUAGACUGAUAUCUAAAAUCUACUNAGGAAUGCAUACGAACUUAAAACAAAGAGCCAUAAUUCCAGGAAGGUACUAAAUGGUACUGUCUCUCAUGUAUAGAGAGAAUGGCCAAGAGAAAAUUGAAAGAGUCGGAACCAUAGAAAAAGAAGAAAACUAGUCAAAUCCCUGAAUUCUUUUAGAAAACCUUAUAACCACAAGAAGAUAAAUUGAAAAAACACACAGAAUUUCAAUAAAAAUAUCCAACCUAUGUCUAAUAAGGAAGAGUAAUUUUUCCAAUAUUUGAUGAAUAUCUGACAGCAUAUCAAUAAUUGUUUACCAUAGAAAUUAAAAAGAAGCCUAUUCUCCAACUUGAUCCAACAAUUCCCCAGAACCUCUUUGAAGAUAUUCUUAAGAUAUGGGAUAGUUAUAAUUAUAUGGAUAAAAUUGUUAGUGACAUUCUCUAUGCAGGAGAACAGUAAACUGAAUGUAUUACUAUACAUAAUAUAAAAAGAGUAAAGUUAAGUUAAUAACAUUGGUACAUUGAUUCAUUUCAAAGACAAUCACACACCUUAUAGUUAAAAAACUCGCUUAGAGAUAUAUAAUAUAAUAUAAACAAAACCUGAAGAAUUGAUCCUCUUCUUUUGUUACUUCUAUCUUAAAUAAAUAAUUGAGGAUUUAGAUUAAGAAUAAAUGUAAAAAUAAUCAUAUGUAAUUCAUAUCACUAUAUAUUUAGAAAAUCCCAUAUUGGCACCUACUUGGAUAUAUGUGGUUUACAAAUCGAAUCCGAUAUUAUGAAUUAUUAAGGGAUGACAUUAAAUAAUUGCCAACCAAUAUCUAUAAACAAGGAAUUCUACCUUUGACAUAAGAUAUGAUAGACUUUUCUGAUUACACAGACAUCAAGAAAGUGUGUAAAUUACUUAUAGCUUUAUCAGAUGGAUUGACUGGUCUAAAGAAAACUCAGUUUUUAUAUCAAUUCAGAACUGAAAAUCUCCUAUCUAAUAAUAGAAUCAAAUAAUAAUUAGGCACAUAGAUUAAAUAAUAAAGAAGUUAAUAAAUUGACAUUAAAAAAGAGAUAAUUGAAGCUGAAGGUAACAUAUCAAUUGCCAAAGUAUAAUUUCUUAUAAUAUAUUAGUCUUAAUUAAAAUAAGAUGGUUUAACAAGAGUUGAAUCACAGAAAUUUACAAAAUAAAUGGAAUAAGCUUAAAAAUAGGCUUAAAAAUUAAAAUAAUAAUAUUCAAAAUUAGAAAAAGAAAUAGCCUCUUUAACAGAAAGAUAUAAUUAAUAAGAUAAGGUAAUUAUGUAUUAAUAUACUUAUUAGGAAUUGGCUAUUACUUAAAUGCCAGCUUUAUUAUUAAAUCCAUCUAUGUGUUUAGGUCAGGAUGCUAAACAUAGUUCAUAUUAUUUCUUUUUAUAUGAACCUGAUAAAAUAUUUGUAUGUAUGAGACAUUCUAUUAUUGAUGAUGAUGGAUCAUAAUAAUGGGGAUUUUAUGAUUAGACUGAUAUCUAAAAUCUACUUAAUUCUUUAUGUCCAAAAGGUGUUAGAGAAAACACUUUAAAGAAUAAUAUUAUUGAAUUAUAAAGGGCUAAAUUGUUAUAAAUAAAUGAGUAAAAUUAAGAAUAGAAUAAUGAUUAAAUAGAAUAAGAGAAUAAUAAAAAUGGGAAAGGUGUAGAGAAUGAUAUUGAAUAAGAAAUUCAUAAUUAAAGUGAAGAAUAAAUAGAGAGAAUAAAUAGUUUAAUAAAUUUAGAUGUAGAUGAACUUGUUAAUGAAUUUGUUGAAAUUGAAUCAAGUUUAACAUAAUAUUUAAAUUAAAAAAAUUCAAGAUGGUGUAGUACUGAAUAAAGAAUUGCAUUUUUAAAGAGUUUUUAGAAUGUUAUUGAAAAAAAGAGUUCAAAAGAAUAUGAUGAAAUAGAUCUCAAACCUUUAGGGAAAGCUAUUGAAUAUUUUGUAGAUAAUACAAUGAUGUAAGAGAAAUUAGAACUUAGAUUAGAUGAAGAUAUAGAUGAGAAAUUAUUAAAUGAAAAUGAAGAUGAUUCUUAUUAAUAACCUAAUAGAAGAAGAAAAGUUGUUGAAGAUGAUUCAUCUGUUGAUGAAUAACCUUAAACUAUGUUACAAUAAUUAGAAUAAAUGGAUAUUGGAAAAGUAAGAGUAAGAAAAUUACCAAUGAAAUUAUUUGGUACUUAUUAUGAGACUUUACGAUUGAAUUUAAUUGAACAACUCAAAUUUGAUUGUAAUUUAGCAAAAAUGAAAAUUUGCUUAGAAGUAUUAGGUCAAAUUGUUAAGGAUUAUAUUGACAGAAAAAAGAUUUAAAUUCAAUAAUAAAUUAUACCUGUUGGAGAAAAGAAAAAGGUGGAAGAAGUAGUUGUUGUUGUUAAAAAGAAUGUUGAACCUCAACCUUAAUUUGUUUAAGAAGCAUAAUUGUAUGUUACUCAAAAUUUGAGGAAAAGAAACUAAGUAAAACCUUAAUAUACUGAGACAGAAACUAAAUGGGAGGACAGAUGUAAGAAAUGUAAUAAAGGAGGAAAAGUUAUUUGUUGUGAUACUUGUCCAAAAGUAUUUCAUCCAAAAUGUAUAAAUUUAAAGGAGGUUCCAUAAGGGAAGUGGAACUGUCUUAAUUGCUUAACAAAUUUUGAGAGAUAAAUUAAAACAAGAGCUACUAUUAGAAAGUUAGAAAACCAAUGAGACAAUGAUCCAUUGUUUUUAUUAUUAAAUAAUGAUUUGUGAUUUAGUUGAUUAUACUCUAAGAACAACUCCAAAUAAAGGAAGGUUUUCAUAGACCAACACAACAACAUCCCCUAACAGUUCUAGCAAUUCAUCUUUCGAAGCUUCUUAACUUAAGAUCCCACGACCUUUGUUAAGUUUUGAUGAAAAAUUUGAAGCUUCUCUUUGUGCUUUUGGUAAUAGGUUUAUAAUCCAUUUUAGAGUUUAAAUUAUUAGUCCCUGAAGAAGAUGGCUUAAUAAAUUUUGAACAGUUCAGUUAAGAAUUGAUAUAAGACAAACUUAUAUUCUUGAAUGAUGAAAAAUAUUUAUAAUAGUAAUAGGCUNCACUUUAAAGAAUAAUAUUAUUGAAUUAUAAAGGGCUAAAUUGUUAUAAAUAAAUGAGUAAAAUUAAGAAUAGAAUAAUGAUUAAAUAGAAUAAGAGAAUAAUAAAAAUGGGAAAGGUGUAGAGAAUGAUAUUGAAUAAGAAAUUCAUAAUUAAAGUGAAGAAUAAAUAGAGAGAAUAAAUAGUUUAAUAAAUUUAGAUGUAGAUGAACUUGUUAAUGAAUUUGUUGAAAUUGAAUCAAGUUUAACAUAAUAUUUAAAUUAAAAAAAUUCAAGAUGGUGUAGUACUGAAUAAAGAAUUGCAUUUUUAAAGAGUUUUUAGAAUGUUAUUGAAAAAAAGAGUUCAAAAGAAUAUGAUGAAAUAGAUCUCAAACCUUUAGGGAAAGCUAUUGAAUAUUUUGUAGAUAAUACAAUGAUGUAAGAGAAAUUAGAACUUAGAUUAGAUGAAGAUAUAGAUGAGAAAUUAUUAAAUGAAAAUGAAGAUGAUUCUUAUUAAUAACCUAAUAGAAGAAGAAAAGUUGUUGAAGAUGAUUCAUCUGUUGAUGAAUAACCUUAAACUAUGUUACAAUAAUUAGAAUAAAUGGAUAUUGGAAAAGUAAGAGUAAGAAAAUUACCAAUGAAAUUAUUUGGUACUUAUUAUGAGACUUUACGAUUGAAUUUAAUUGAACAACUCAAAUUUGAUUGUAAUUUAGCAAAAAUGAAAAUUUGCUUAGAAGUAUUAGGUCAAAUUGUUAAGGAUUAUAUUGACAGAAAAAAGAUUUAAAUUCAAUAAUAAAUUAUACCUGUUGGAGAAAAGAAAAAGGUGGAAGAAGUAGUUGUUGUUGUUAAAAAGAAUGUUGAACCUCAACCUUAAUUUGUUUAAGAAGCAUAAUUGUAUGUUACUCAAAAUUUGAGGAAAAGAAACUAAGUAAAACCUUAAUAUACUGAGACAGAAACUAAAUGGGAGGACAGAUGUAAGAAAUGUAAUAAAGGAGGAAAAGUUAUUUGUUGUGAUACUUGUCCAAAAGUAUUUCAUCCAAAAUGUAUAAAUUUAAAGGAGGUUCCAUAAGGGAAGUGGAACUGUCUUAAUUGCUUAACAAAUUUUGAGAGAUAAAUUAAAACAAGAGCUACUAUUAGAAAGUUAGAAAACCAAUGA